UGUGGCCAUGGCCAUGUACAACACCGAUGAGUCCAUCACAGCCUUUGCCCAUGCUUCCUUCAAGAUGGCCUUGGAGAGAGGCCUGAACCUGUACAGCACCACCAAGAACACCAUCUUGAAGAAGUACGAUGGUCGUUUCAAGGACAUCUUUGAAGGUUUGUACGCCUCCACCUACAAGGCCCAGAUGGACGACAAGGGCAUCUGGUUUGAGCACCGUUUGAUCGACGAUAUGGUUGCCCAGAUGAUCAAGUCCAAGGGUGGCUACAUCAUUGCCAUGAAGAACUACGAUGGUGAUGUCCAAUCCGACAUUGUUGCCCAAGGUUUCGGCUCUCUUGGUCUGAUGACCUCCGUCCUUGUCACCCCAGACGGCAAGGCCUUUGAGGCCGAGGCUGCCCACGGUACUGUCACCAGACACUACAGACAACACCAGCAGGGCAAGGAGACCUCCACCAACUCCAUCGCAUCCAUCUUUGCCUGGACCAGAGGUCUCAUCCAGAGAGGUAAGCUCGAUGACACCCCAGACGUUGUCAAGUUCGGUGAAUUGGUCGAGAAGGCCACCUUGGACACCGUCCAGGUUGACGGUAAGAUGACCAAGGACUUGGCCUUGGCCCAAGGCAAGACCGACAGAUCCUCUUACGUGACCACCGAGGAGUUCAUCCACGCUGUCGCUGACAGAUUGCAAAAGGAGUACGCUGCUGCUUUCUAAGAAUUAUUUAUGUAAUUGACUUGUGUAUUUAUUUCUUACCUC